ACGGGCAGAAAUAGUUUCUAUCAUUGGAUUAUUGAUUGGAUAAUGGUAAUAAAGCUUCGCGGUGUACAACAAAGGAAUGGCCCAGAAGGCUUUAUUUCAUGAGUCCUUUCGAAGGAAUGAAAACUAUUGAUGCUGCCUGAUCAUUAUCUUAUUUAUAUAGCUACUCCAAACGUAUUUAUAACGCACUCGCCUGGGACAUUCAUUCAUCCGGUUUCCAGUGGAACGUGGUAACUGAUAAGUAUUUCGACUGAGCAUUUGGAUCGGAAUAUGUGAUAUUUUGCCUACAUCAUGUCGAGUUAUGAUUUUUCAACAUGGUUCUGCAGUAUCAACAAGACUUUGAUACAUUCAAAGACAAAUGGCACGAUUCAGAUUGAUCGAUGUAUCACCGACACCAUGAUUAUUUUCCUCCACGCCGUUUUCAUCGUCAUCAUACUUCUCCAACUUACGAUACUACAAUACUGGCGGCACAUUCAGAAAAUCCCAUCUCCAGAUAUUUAUUUGAGGUAUCCUGGACACAGCUUGAGAUGGAUUCUAGCUUUCUUUGUCUUUCUCAUUGGUGCUGCAUCAUUUGCAGAAGGAUUAUUAACAGAAUGUAUCUACCGUGCUAGUGAUUUUCUCAAUGCACAACCACAUUUCUACCUGCCGGGAAUAUUUACGAUAUCGGGAACUGUCAUGGCCAUGAUAAGUGUAAACUUUGCAGAAGUGUGGCGGUCUAAGCACAUGUUCUGGACGCUGUUGUGUUACUGGACUUCGUCACUCAUAACAGUCAUUAUUGCACUUUACUUUGAUAUCAAAGUACAUAUGUCAUUAAACGUUCAAAGAACGAUUUCAAUGAAUAUAGUAGUGCUAACCCUUUUGUCGUUAUGCUACACCCUUCUUGUCCUCGUUGAAGCAGUUAGUUUACAUAAAAUCGUAUUCUGCAGGCGUUCGAAACGACAGGCUGCCGACAAUGGGAUUCAAUUCUUACCAAAGGAGCCUUGGGCUAAAAGAAGGAUGUUCUACCGUGAAAACUACUCAAACCUUCCAUCUCAGUUGUUGUUUUGGUGGCUCAACUUUCUCUUUUCUAUUGGCUUCAAGAGGCCAAUCAAUUAUGAAAGACUAGGAACUAUUCCCGUGAACCACACCAUUGAAUACAUAUAUAAAAGAUUUAAAAUGAUCUAUGAUGAUGAAAAAAAAAGGAUAAUGGGAUCAGACAGACACCCAAGCCUGAUGAGGACGAUCUUCCGUGCCCAUUGGCAGCGACUUGGAGCUGCAGGUCUCUUGAAACUCAUCGCCGAUCUACUGAGCUACGUCGGACCCUAUGCCUUGGGUGGCAUUACACUUUAUGUCACAAGAACAUUGAAGGGAGAUAGGCACAAAGAAAGGACUGCUUUGGAUAAACCACUGCCUCAUGACGUCACAACGGCCGAUUUUUUCUCGAACGGAUUUGUCUUAGUCUUCAUUGUGUUUGCUUCAUCUAUCGUACAACACAUUUGCAAUCAGACAUAUUACUAUUGGGUGAAUGUCGAAGGUCUUCAUGCAAAGGCUGCAAUCCAGAUGCUGGUAUACAACAAAUCUCUUCGUAUAUCCACUGCGACGAUGUUAGGUGGUAAGAUGUCAAUGGGUCAGGUGACGAAUCACAUGUCCGCAGAUGCUAGCAAUGUCUUGUUUUUCUUCCUCAAUGUCAACGAAAUUUGGGCAAUACCUGUUAAGAUAUCUGUUGCGUUGUAUCUCCUCUACCAAAAACUCGGUAUGGCCGCCAUUAUAGCUGCUUCUGUCUUCCUAAUCGUAAUACCUCUUCAAAUGAUUGUAGCAACAACGAUGGCUAAGAUGACAAAAUCAGUAUUGAAAACAUCAGAUAAAAGACUGAGUGCGUCAAACGAAAUGCUUCAAGGGAUUCGGCUUCUAAAAAUUUAUGGAUGGGAAGAUAUAUUUUACGAGAGAGUAAAGACUAUAAGGAAUUCUGAAAUAUAUCAGCUUCUUAAAAUAUACCUCCUUUUUGCUUUCACAUUUUCAAUCAAUUCUGGAACUCCGAUUAUUGUUUCUUUAAUUGCAUUUGCUUUCUACACACCUUUUAACUCUACCCCACUAACCCCGGACAGAGCUUUCUCCAGUCUUGCCUUGUUCAAACUCACCACCGAAUCCCUCGUUCUUCUUCCACAUGUACUUAACCUUGCUGUUACAAUGAACGUCAGUGUAAAACGUCUGAUAGAGUUUCUUGGGAGUCCAGAGGUUCAGCCGAUCGAUGACACGAAGGUUCAGGGUUCGAACCAAACAUCCGGGAGGAGAGGGGAUGAUGGCAUACUUGGGCGAUGUCGGAGUGAUGAAAGAGUUGCAAAGUCGACUCCCCUCUGGUCUGUGCUUGAGGAAGAUGAAGAUUUGGCCUCAGAAGAUGAUGUCUUUCUGAGUCUUGAGGAGAUGGAACAAAGAAAUGUAGUCCGAAAGGGGAUGGCUACUACAAUACAUAACCAAAAUGGUCAAAAUGUUUUGACCAAUGGGGACUGUGUAGAGGGUCUCCAGAGGGACCCUCUUCAACGGGAUUUACCAGAUGACAUUGCUUUAAGAAUACAAAACGGAAGCUUUGUUUGGGAUGUAACGUCUGGUAGUUCAGACGCCCAUGAUGUUAGUAAUGUGGAUAUUACAAUCCCAUCUGGCAAGUUAACCAUUAUUGUAGGAGCUGUCGGAAGCGGGAAAUCGUCUCUUCUUGGUGCACUGAUGGGAGAGAUGACAGCAUGUAGUGGAACGGUUCAAAUUCAUAAAAAGAAGUGUCGAAUUGCAUAUGCUCCUCAAAAGGCCUGGUUGGUUAAUACAACAGUCAGAAAGAACAUCCUUUUUGGCCAAAAGAUGGACAAAUUAAGAUACCAGGAGGUGAUCCAAGCAUGUUCCCUUGGGCCAGACAUGGAGGUCCUCCCCGCUAAAGAUCGGACAGAGAUCGGUGAGAACGGUAUCAACCUUAGCGGAGGACAGAAACAAAGAGUCAGCGUCGCAAGAGCCAUGUAUUCUGACUGUGAUAUCAUUAUUCUAGACGAUCCACUAUCAGCUCUUGACAUGCAAGUUGGAAGUGAUUUGUUCGAUAAAGGAAUCAAAGGCAUCCUACAUCGUCGCAACCAAACAGUUAUACUGGUCACCCAUCAACUCCAAUACCUUCCACAAGCAGACAAGAUCAUAAUCAUGGAGAAUGGAAGAGUAGAACAUCAAGGCUCACCGUUUGAGAUUGCACGAGCUAACCAAGAUCUUGAAGUGAAAUGGGAGGCGGCGGUAAGACGAGCGAGUGAGACAGAGGAUGUCCGCAACUCCGAAAGCGAUACUGAGAUGGAACGGAAGAAUCUUCGGAGACAGUGCUCCAGAAGGAUCUCGGUCCUUAGUGACUCUGAAUCUUUCAUAGAGGAUGGAAAAGGCCGUUUGAUCGCGCAGGAAGAUCGAGAGUCUGGCGCUGUUGCUAUGAGCAACUACAUCCAUUAUGUCUCAUCCAUGGGGUAUACACUAUGUGUGCUUAUCUUUUGCAGUACUUUUAUGCGCGGUGCUCUGCAAAUCGUCACCGAUUUCUGGCUCUCUAAGUGGUCUGAAACUGGACUCAAUGGAACUCAUCAUGAUGAUAAUGAAAUUCACCAAACAAGUUUCUACGUGAAGGGAUUUGCUGGGUUGUCUGUCGGAACCCUUGUUAGUCAAAUCCUCUUCAAUUUCCUUGUCAAUGCUGGGAUACUGCUGGCUGCAAAGGCGCUUCACUUUGAGAUGCUAGAGAAUCUGCUCAUGUUACCUGUCAGGUUCUUUGAUGUCACCCCUGUUGGUCGAAUUCUCAAUCGACUAUCAAGUGAUACACGCUUGAUUGAUCAGAGGUUGCUGAUAACAAUCAACAUGUUGAUGAACAGCUUUGUUAAUAUGUUAGCAUCGAUCGUAGUCAACGCAGUAGUCAAUCCUGUAUUCCUCGGGAUAUUAGUACCUAUCGCAGUCGUCUUCGUCAUUAUCUUCAUCUAUUACAUAAGGACAUCCAGGGAGUUGCAGCGGAUAGAGAGUAUAAGCAGAUCACCAAUUUUGGCUCAUUUCUCUGAGACUUUAGGAGGACUGGCAACGAUACGAGCAUUUAAUGAGGAAGCACGUUUUUCUCUAGCUAUAACAGAGCAUAUAAACACCAACAACACGGCAUUCCUCUACCUCAUAGCAGCUCAGAGAUGGAUAGGAAUUAGACUAGACUUUUUAGGUGCAGUCGUGGUGCUUGUUGCCGGAUACUGUUCCUUACUUGGUGCAUCCUACUUCGAUAUUGAUGCCAGUCGGGUUGGUUUGGCUGUCUCCUACUCACUAAUGGUAUCCAUGUAUCUCAACUCGUUGGUGCGAUACUGUUCCGAGUUGGAACUACACAUGAACGCCGUGGAAAGAGUCCGUUUCUAUUCUGAAUUGCCAAACGAGUGUUACGACGAGGGUCAGAUGCCUCCUUCUAACUGGCCUAGUAGGGGUAAGAUCCUUGUGGAUAACGUCAGCGCAAGAUACGCUAAGGAGCUAGAGCCCAUACUUCAUGAAGUCAAUGUCAACAUUCAGCCAGGACAAAAGAUUGGAAUAUGUGGUAGAUCAGGAAGUGGAAAGUCAUCUUUAGCCCUGGCCCUGUUCCGCUUCGUUCAAAUAAAAGGGCGUCUCCUAAUUGAUGGCAUUGAUAUCACAACAGUUCCUCUGAGAACAUUACGUCAGCAGUUAUCCAUCAUACCUCAAGAAGCCAUGAUGUUCACUGGUACAAUCAGGUCUAACUUGGAUCCAAGAAAAACAUGUACUGAUGAAGAACUAUGGCGUUCUCUUGAGAUCUCUCAACUGAAAUGCACGGUGGAACAACUAGAUAAAGGUCUUGAUUCAGAUGUUUUAGAAGGUGGUCAGAAUUUCAGCGUUGGACAGCGUCAACUUUUUUGUUUAUCCCGAGCUUUUCUGAUAAAAUCUCAUAUUCUAGUUAUGGAUGAAGCUACAGCUUCUAUUGAUAAAGAAACGGACAUAAUGAUACAGGAAGUUGUCGAGGAAGUUUUCAGAGAGAGAACGGUUCUGACAAUAGCACACCGCAUCGAUACACUUCUAAAUGCCGACUACAUCCUGACUCUAGAUGAGGGAAGAGUAGCAGAGUUUGACACUCCUAGAAAUCUCCUCAACAAGAAGAACAGUAUUUUUGCAUCACUACUUCAAGUGGGUAAAAAAUGAACAUAUUGCUAAUCCUUCGUUUUGCGUCAACAACGGAAUUUUGCAAAGUUCUGGGAUUGAUAGAUGUACCUUGCAGUAAAACUCAGAAGUUGACUUGGUCUGGAGAGACUCACGAGAUGGGUUUUUCGUUGUAAUGCAUGUGGCCAACUUGACGAGAUGCGGUAUCCUAACGUCUUUCCAUCGUUCAUAUUGAUGUAACGAUUUCAAGGUUUUUGUCACGACGGAGAUGACUUGACAAGAACCAGGAUCUUGUUCCUUGAAUCCAGGAUUAUUUUGUCUUCUCAUUUUGACGAUGUCGACUUGUUGAGAUCCAGAGCAUCACCUUGUUGCUUAUUGGUCUCUCCAUCUUUUGACUUUGAACAGUCAGACAGUCAAGUUUGAUUAUCUUUGAUCUUUGCCGUCUUGUCCUGACAAAGCAGACUGGGGAGAUCAGAGGCUCUGUUUUAUCUUCUCUACUCACAUCCUCUUAUUCUCUCACAAAUGCAAGUUGUGUACGGAGGAUCUUUUGAGCUUCCGCAAAAAUCCCCGCUAAACACAUAAAUCCUGAUUGUAAAAAAAACUCCAAACAAAUGACAGCAAUUGAAGUCUACUUUGGUUGUUUAAAAUGUAAUAACAAGUAAAAACAGAUGAUCGAGGAUUAGCUUUACAAUGAUGCGUCAUUUAGUAAAUUUACAAUUUUAGACAUUGGAUUUGCUCAGCAAACUUUCAAUGAAGUAGAUAAAAUAUAAAAUAAUAAAAUAAUACAUACACAAAUUUUAAAGAAAUAUUUGUGUACAUUUCACAAAUUACAGAACAACGGAUAUUGACAUUGCACGCAGGUUAACUAUAUUUGCAGUGUUUAUCAUUAAUGUCAGACCAAAUAUUCACACGCUGACUUGAAACUGGGAUAAUAAAGGCGGUCACUUAGGGUAAAUUUCAGGAACAGACUAUAAACAAACAUCCAAAAUAUUGGUUAUUCAUCAGCAUACGUUUCUACAUAAGUCUAUACCCCAGUCUGAAUGAGAAUAGAUAAUCAUGUACCUGUAAAAGUUGUAUAUGUAAUGCAUUUGAUUAAAAUAAGUUGAUAAGGAUAUAGGCUCAAACUAAAUGUGGGUGAAAAAUAUUUAUUGAUAUUUAUACUUGAUUUCAGUCAAUCAUUAGUCUUGUGAACAGGCAAGUACAUUUCACAAUAAAUCUUGUUGACGUUUUUGAAAGCUUUCAUUAAGGCUUCAGUAGUGUAACUGCACGCAGUUUAAGUUAGAGACGCCUCAUGUUUUUGUUUUUUGUCCUCUUCGCUGAAAUACUGAAAACGCUAUUUGAAAUAUUUCGUAUAAUUAGUUUUAAUGCAAAUGCUCUUUUCAUUGUAAAUAUUAUUUUUUUAAAGUAAGCUAUUUAUGAAUAAAGCUCACCUCAUGUGCGU